AUGGGCUUCACCACGGCCACAGAAUUCCACCAGCAAUGGUCAGAGCUCAUCCAGAUCACCACUGGCUCCAAAGAGCUGGACAAGCUGCUUCAAGGUAAAAGCCAUUGUCCCAGAGCUGUGAGUGCCAGAGUUGCUGCCCUGGCUGCUGUCCUGGCUGUGAUGAUGCUCCUAGUGCUCAUAGCACUGUAUCUGACCCUCAGGGCAGGCAGCCAAGAGGACUCAACAACAGUGACCUCCAGCAGCCCAAAUGUGUCAACAGCACUGUCCCCCAGCAGCCAAGAGGACUCAACAACGUUACCCCCCAGCCAUGGAGAGGCAGCAGGAAAAAGCUGUUGUUCCACAACACGAGUUGCUGUCCUGGUUACUGAGAUAAUCCUGCUCCUCCUCACUGCUCUGUUUCAGAUUAUCCCAUGUAACAGGCCUUGUUCCAGAGCACACAUUGCUGUGCUGGUUGUUGUCCUGCUUCUGGCUGUGCUGGCCCUGACUCUGUCUUGGACACUGCCAGGUGCUCCAAUUGCAAAAAGCCAACAGGACUCAACAACAUUGUCUCCCACCAGCCAAGAGGACUCAACAAACACUGAGAUAUCUGUGCCUAAUUACCUUCUCUCACAAUCAGAAGAUGGGUACUACUUACUUGGUCUCAGAUACUCUCCAGAGGAGCAGAAGUGGAAGUGGAUCAACAAGGUGGAACAUGACCCAGCCAUGUUUGCUAUAAGCAGACGUUAUAGUGACUAUCACUGCACGUACAUUGGAUUUGGUAAAGUAGGAACUGCACCUUGUUAUAGAAGAUACACAGUACAAACUAUGUGUGAAAAAGCUGCAACAAUGUCAGAAAGGCAUCAGAAGAAGAGCUAAAACCAAGAGCUCCAGGCUGAGAUGUUAUCCCAGCUUCCUGUAGCAAAGGUGGAUGGGAUGUGUCUCAUUUCUCUCUAGCUGCCCAGUCUCUGCUCCCAGGCUCUCCUGCAGCCCCUCCAGACUCAUGGCCCAGCCCAGCCCAGCCUUUCCCUGCUGCUGUGUGAGCCUGGCUGGAUCCCCUCUGGAAGAGCUGCCUCUGGCACACAGGAGGAGUCUGGCACUGUCUCAUGCCAGGGGUGGCACUUGCAGGCAGGCAGUGCCAGGGGAGAGGAGUCCAGGCUGGGGCCAGGGCUGAUCCCAAACAGAUGCUGACUCUGCAGGUCACAGCCAUGCACAGCCCUGUGCUCCCAGCCCUGCCUGUGCCCGAGGAGACCCUUCCCCAGCUGGCCACAGCCUGGCCUCGCCUGCAGCCACAAGGGAAGGGCAGCAGAGAUUUCUGCUUGGGGUCUGGUGGGGAAGGGCAGCCCCAGUCCUUGGCAGGAUGGACAGGACAAAGUCAGGGGUGGGUGUGGAUAAACCUUCCCCUGUCCCAGACUGUUCCAUGAGCACGUGGAGGAAAUGGGAAUCAGCCCAAUGGAAAGGAUCCUACAGCAGCAAGCUCUGGGCAUGAAAUCAGCCCCAGUCCUGUGUGGAGUGUCAGAUUUAGGAUGUGCUGGGAAAGGGCACAGGAUGGAGAGCAGCAGAGAGCAGCAAGGCCUGAAGAACAGAGUCCCAAGAGGAGCUGAGCUGGACAGAAAACAGAACAAUGAAAGCCCCAGUGAGCUGUGAAGGAGCUGGUGAGAAGUAUGAGAGUGACCCCCAGGCAAUGGCAGCACCGUGCUCUGCCCUCUUUUCCUUGGAGAUUGAGCACAGGACAGGGCAGAUCCAUUGAUGUGCUCUGGGUCCCCCAGAGAGCUCCACUCCCCUGCCUGGGCUGACUGCUGGGCCCCUGCACAGCUCAUCUCCUUUCCAUUGCAAGGAAUAAAGCUUUUC